UUUGGGCUUUGCGUGUUUUUGACGUCACGUGCCGCGCCGUUUCGAUUGGAUUUGCUUGUCCGUGAUCAGAUUUGUCACUCGAAUGGCCGCCGCGUGUUGAGUGUGGCGGCCACACGCGCGUUUCUCUGCAGGGGUGCGCGUCCUCGGCGGAAGCCGUUUCAUCGAUCCGUUCGGACUCCUCCAUCAAUAAGGCUCAGGUUGCACUCAUCGUUCAAACCGAGAGGAGCCCGUUAACGAUCCCUUUUCGGAAUGCCGUCAAGUCGCAAUGGAACGCAGCAGCAGCAGGACGCUUCCCGCGUACGACUCUGAACCGGAGGAUGGUCUCCAAUACAAAAAUGGAUGUGGGCUCGUGCGUCGCAGACCACCCCGCAUUCGCGCCUUCCACUUUUGCCCUCCUUGUGCAAAAAUGACCGUCGCGUGUUGAAACUACAGUCGGCGCGCCAAUGGAAUUUUGCAACUGGGUGGUGACGAAGCUUUUCAUAAUCGGGCGUGCGUGUGUGUGUGUGUCCAUUUUCUAACCCGCUUCAUCCUCACAAGGGUCCCGGCCGCCUUGGGGCACCCUCAAGCGGUUGGCAGCUCAAAAACGAACGGCCAUCGGCGCUCACGAUGACGCGGAGGGACCAUUUCUCUCCAUCAAUGAAGCGUCCGUGCAUGUUUUUGGAAUGUGGAGAAAAGCCGCGCAGGCACGAGGAGAAGGUGCAAACUCCACACAGGGAGGCCUGCGACCUCUGCGCCGUCAGGCCGAUCGGACCAUCCAAAACGAGAAAAUUGUCAUUUUGAACAGUGACUCGCUUGCAAAGCACCGUGGAACUCAAAUGACGAUUUCGCCGUCAACAAAGGCUCUUCCUCUUCUUAGUUUGCAGGUUGUUUCAGUCCGAUGAGAAAAGAACCAAUUCAAGCCCAACUCGCUCUCCUCGAAUGAGGCAAAUAACGUUUGGUGAUAUUUGGCGCCGACUACAGCACAGAAGGCGCAUAGCAAUCAGUGGGCGUCACUCAUUUCAAACUGCCGCGAGAUGCGCCAAUCGAGUGGAGGGCGUGUGCGCUUCCAAGCUGAUUUCUCGGGGUGGGGCGCCCCCCCCCCUGACCUUCGCACGCAUGCCGUGUGUCCCCGGUAACCGUCAAUGUCGGGAUAUGAAAGUGGCGCUACCUUGAGGUCACAAGCAAAAUGUGUGUGCGGCCUUCGAAAGAAGCAAGACACGUCGCGCCACCGGGACACGAGUACGCACGGCAGAAGGCCGAGCGCGAAUACACGCGGAUUCUGAACGACGCGACGCGUUGACGGACGGGCGCUUCUUUUUGUGUAGAGUCAAAAAGGCACGGUGGAGGAGCCCCACUCCCCCCCCAAGACGACGGCGGGGGAACGACGCGCGGCAGCGACCUGACCCGCUGUGACCCCAAGACGUCUCCUUUCCCGUUUUCCUCGCAAAGGUCAGAGUUCAACAGCCAGGCGGGGCGGACAAGAUGAAGCGAGCCGUGUACUCGGUGGAGAUCAAAGUGGAGCGGGACAAGAACACGGGGCAAACGCGCGUCCUGUCCUCGCACACCAAACUUCCCGUCGACUGCUCCCGCGGAGGCGUCAAAGUUUAUGAGGACGAGCAGAAAGUGGUCCACGAGGUCAACGGCCAGGACGGCGUCCAUCUGCUCAGCGCGGCCGAGGUGGACGAGCUCAUCCAAGCGGCCGACCGGGCGGCGACGUCCGCGGAAGAAGCUGCCGAGCCGCCCUCGACCCGGGAAACGACAACGGCGAGCGGGGACGAUUUGGGCGGGCUGCGGGGCAGGGACCGCGAGACGAGCGGCCCCCGGAAGCCGCUCGCCGGCGCGGGGAGCGCGCGGGGCCGCGAAGCGGCCGACGAGACAGAAGCGGAGGGAGCCCGGAUGGCGGCGGGGCCCGAGGCGGCCGCGCCCCCGCCGAACUUCGCCCCCACUCCGCGGACGGAUGAGCGCGAGUCCGCCGGGGCCGCCGCCGAGACCGCGGCCGAGGGGAAAAAAGCCUGCAAGUGCUGCAGCGUAAUGUGAGUCUUGUGGGGGGGCCGCAUGCUUUCCGCCCUUCACGUCCUCAUGCUUCCGCCUGGCUCGGCACCGCAUGUGGGACCUCGCUGUGGCCCAAAUGUGACCUCCAUUUAUAGCUUUGGUCCCAAAAAGGCUGCUCUUUCCCAUCACUUGCAUUCUUUUGGGGUGCCGGCGAAAUGCGGCACGCCUGCGUCAGCACCUUCUGCGAGCGGCUCGUUGGCAUGGGCCUCAGCGCUUCACACACGCACGUCCCCACAAAUCCAAAUGGGCAGCCUCCGAGAUGGAAAUCACAAAAGCCACGUGACAUGUGUUCAUGUCAACAUGUGCCAUCGGAUGUGUACGGCGAAUAUGCUUGUUUUCCGUUUGUGUGGUUUUUCAUUUGGAAGUAUUCAAUUGUGAUCAAUGUGAAUCCUUCACUUCUGUCUCGUCUUAUUGGUCACUUGGGU